GGGUCUCGGGGAAACGUGCGCUCUUCGGAUUGGACGAAUUGCACUGGCCGUAAUCUGGAGCUUAUGCAAACCCGUGCCCGCCUUACGGAGCAGGUGCGUGCGUGCCAGGGGGCGAGCAGUGCAUCCGUUCCGGCUGCCGGAACGAUCGAGCUUUCGGUCGCUGUACGGAAUUCAAAUUCUUGCACAGACUAGGGACCUGAUGCCGCCCCCGUAACCACGGCUUAAAUAUGCCCUUGGUUGGGCUGGGAAGCUCAGUACCGAGGGUGUCGCUCGGGUGUACACAGCACACUGAACUGCUCAGCAGAGACACAUAUUCCAAGGACAAACGGUUCAGUUCAGGCAGCACCACGUUGACAAGAUGCAACUGUUCGUUAUCUGCCUGCUGGUGGCCAGCACGGCCGCGUUCACGAUGUUUGGCCCCCACAUUCGUAUCGCGCCGGGCCAGAAACCCAAUGAGAUAGUUCUGCACUUUCGCAAUCCGUGCAACAACAAAACCAGCACCACCACCCUGAAGCCGCCAUCGCCUCCUUGCCCCUCUCAUCCUACAACUCCCGCUUGUGAGCACCGCAUUACCAGUGCGGCUCCGAUGAAGCCGAAUUGUCCACAUGCCACCACUACUCCGCACAAUUGUGGUCAAGACACUACGAGCUCCAGCGGGGCUACUACACCAAAGCCCACACUGGAAACAACAAAAUGGACAACUUUUAAAACAACUCAGACAACAACACGAGGAUCAACCACUCUGAAACCAACUGAAAGUACGACGACAGGAGCGACAACACUGAAACAAACGGAUGGAACGACGGCCAAGCCAACAACUCAGAAACCAACUGAUGGAACUACGGCCAAGCCGACAACUCUGAAACCAACUGAGGAAACGAGUGCCAAGCCAACAACUCAGAAACCAACUGAGGGAACUACGGCCAAGCCGACAACUCUGAAACCAACUGAGGGAACAUCGGCCAAGCCAACAACUCAGAAACCAACUGAUGGAACUACGGCCAAGCCGACAACUCAGAAACCAACGGAGGGAACAUCGGCCAAGCCAACAACUCAGAAACCAACGGAGGGAACGAGUGCCAAGACGACAACUCAGAAACCAACGGAGGGAACAUCGGCCAAGCCAACAACUCAGAAACCAACGGACGGAACGAGUGCCAAGCCAACAACUCAGAAACCAACGGAGGGAACAUCGGCCAAGCCAACAACUCAGAAACCAACGGAGGGAACGAGUGCCAAGACGACAACUCAGAAACCAACGGAGGGAACAUCGGCCAAGCCAACAACUCAGAAACCAACGGAGGGAACGAGUGCCAAGCCGACAACUCAGAAAACAACGGAGGGAACAUCGGCCAAGCCAACAACUCAGAAACCAACGGAGGGAACGAGUGCCAAGCCGACAACUCAGAAACCAACGGAGGGAACAUCGGCCAAGCCAACAACUCAGAAACCAACUGAGGGAACUACGGCCAAGCCGACAACUCUGAAACCAACUGAGGGAACAUCAGCCAAGCCAACAACUCAGAAACCAACUGAGGGAACUACGGCCAAGCCAACAACUCUGAAACCAACUGAGGGAACAUCGGCCAAGCCAACAACUCUGAAACCAACUGAGGGAACUACGGCCAAGCCGACAACUCUGAAACCAACUGAGGGAACAUCGGCCAAGCCAACAACUCUGAAACCAACUGAGGGAACAUCAGCCAAGCCAACAACUCAGAAACCAACUGAGGGAACUACGGCCAAGCCUACAACUUUGAAACCAACUGAGGGAACUACGGCCAAGCCGACAACUCUGAAACCAACUGAGGGAACUACGGCCAAGCCGACAACUCUGAAACCAACUGAGGGAACUACGGCCAAGCCGACAACUCUGAAACCAACUGAGGGAACUACGGCCAAGCCUACAACUUUGAAACCAACUGAGGGAACUACGGCCAAGCCGACAACUCUGAAACCAACUGAGGGAACUACGGCCAAGCCGACAACUCUGAAACCAACUGAGGGAACUACGGCCAAGCCGACAACUCUGAAACCAACUGAGGGAACAUCGGCCAAGCCAACAACUCAGAAACCAACUGAGGGAACUACGGCCAAGCCGACAACUUUGAAACCAACUGAGGGAACAUCGGCCAAGCCGACAACUCUGAAACCAACUGAGGGAACUACGGCCAAUCCUACAACUUUGAAACCAACUGAGGGAACAUCGGCCAAGCCAACAACUCUGAAACCAACUGAGGGAACUUCUGCCAAGCCAACAACUCUAAAACCAACUGAGGGAACUACUGCCAAGCCAACAACUCAGAAACCAACAGACGGAACUACGGCCAAGCCUACAACUUUAAAAACAACUGAGGGAACAUCGGCCAAGCCAACAACUCAGAAGCCAACGGAGGGAACAAGUGCCAAACCAACAACUCUGAAACCAACUGAGGGAACUACGGCCAAGCCGACAACUCUGAAACCAACUGAGGGAACAUCGGCCAAGCCAACAACUCUGAAACCAACUGAGGGAACUACGGCCAAGCCGACAACUCUGAAACCAACUGAGGGAACUACGGCCAAGCCAACAACUCUGAAACCAACUGAGGGAACAUCGGCCAAGCCAACAACUCUGAAACCAACUGAGGGAACUACGGCCAAGCCGACAACUCUGAAACCAACUGAGGGAACAUCGGCCAAGCCAACAACUCUGAAACCAACUGAGGGAACAUCGGCCAAGCCAAGAACUCUGAAACCAACUGAGGGAACUACGGCCAAGCCGACAACUCUGAAACCAACUGAGGGAACAUCGGCCAAGCCAACAACUCUGAAACCAACUGAGGGAACAUCAGCCAAGCCAACAACUCAGAAACCAACUGAGGGAACUACGGCCAAGCCAACAACUCUGAAACCAACUGAGGGAACAUCGGCCAAGCCAACAACUCUGAAGCCAACUGAGGGAACUACGGCCAAGCCGACAACUCUAAAACCAACUGAGGGAACUACUGCCAAGCCGACAACUCUGAAACCAACUGAGGGAACAUCGGCCAAGCCAACAACUCUGAAACCAACUGAGGGAACAUCGGCCAAGCCAACAACUCUGAAGCCAACUGAGGGAACUACGGCCAAGCCGACAACUCUAAAACCAACUGAGGGAACUACUGCCAAGCCGACAACUCUGAAACCAACUGAGGGAACAUCGGCCAAUCCUACAACUUUGAAACCAACUGAGGGAACAUCGGCCAAGCCAACAACUCUGAAACCAACUGAGGGAACAUCGGCCAAGCCUACAACUUUAAAAACAACUGAGGGAACAUCGGCCAAGCCAACAACUCAGAAGCCAACGGAGGGAACAAGUGCCAAACCAACAACUCUGAAACCAACUGAGGGAACUACGGCCAAGCCAACAACUCUGAAACCAACUGAGGGAACUACGGCCAAGCCGACAACUCUGAAACCAACUGAGGGAACUACGGCCAAGCCGACAACUCUGAAACCAACUGAGGGAACAUCGGCCAAGCCAACAACUCUGAAACCAACUGAGGGAACUACGGCCAAGCCGACAACUCUGAAACCAACUGAGGGAACAUCGGCCAAGCCAACAACUCUGAAACCAACUGAGGGAACAUCAGCCAAGCCAACAACUCAGAAACCAACUGAGGGAACUACGGCCAAGCCAACAACUCUGAAACCAACUGAGGGAACAUCGGCCAAGCCAACAACUCUGAAACCAACUGAGGGAACAUCGGCCAAGCCAACAACUCUGAAGCCAACUGAGGGAACUACGGCCAAGCCGACAACUCUAAAACCAACUGAGGGAACUACUGCCAAGCCGACAACUCUGAAACCAACUGAGGGAACAUCGGCCAAGCCAACAACUCAGAAACCAACUGAGGGAACAUCGGCCAAGCCAACAACUCUGAAGCCAACUGAGGGAACUACGGCCAAGCCGACAACUCUAAAACCAACUGAGGGAACUACUGCCAAGCCGACAACUCUGAAACCAACUGAGGGAACAUCGGCCAAGCCAACAACUCUGAAACCAACUGAGGGAACUACGGCCAAGCCGACAACUCUGAAACCAACUGAGGAAACAUCGGCCAAGCCAACAACUCUGAAACCAACUGAGGGAACAUCGGCCAAGCCAACAACUCUGAAACCAACUGAGGGAACAUCGGCCAAGCCAACAACUCUGAAACCAACUGAGGGAACAUCGGCCAAGCCAACAACUCUGAAACCAACUGAGGGAACUACGGCCAAGCCGACAACUCUAAAACCAACUGAGGGAACUACUGCCAAGCCGACAACUCUGAAACCAACUGAGGGAACAUCGGCCAAGCCAACAACUCAGAAACCAACUGAGGGAACUACGGCCAAGCCGACAACUCUGAAACCAACUGAGGGAACAUCGGCCAAGCCAACAACUCAGAAACCAACUGAGGGAACUACGGCCAAGCCGACAACUUUGAAACCAACUGAGGGAACAUCGGCCAAGCCAACAACUCAGAAACCAACUGAGGGAACUACGGCCAAGCCAACAACUCUGAAACCAACUGAUGGAACUACUGCCAAGCCGACAACUCAGAAACCAACGGAGGGAACAUCGGCCAAGCCAACAACUAAGAAACCAACUGAGGGAACUACGGCCAAGUCAACAACUCUGAAACCAACUGAGGGAACUACUGCCAAGCCGACAACUCUGAAACCAACUGAGGGAACAAGUGCCAAGCCGACAACUCUGAAACCAACUGAGGGAACAUCGGCCAAGCCAACAACUCUGAAACCAACUGAGGGAACAUCGGCCAAGCCAACAACUCUGAAACCAACUGAGGGAACUACUGCCAAGCCGACAACUCUGAAACCAACUGAGGGAACAUCGGCCAAGCCAACAACUCUGAAACCAACUGAGGGAACAUCGGCCAAGCCAACAACUCUGAAACCAACUGAGGGAACUACUGCCAAGCCGACAACUCUGAAACCAACUGAGGGAACAUCGGCCAAGCCAACAACUCUGAAACCAACUGAGGGAACAUCGGCCAAGCCAACAACUCAGAAACCAACUGAGGGCACUACGGCCAAGCCGACAACUCUGAAACCAACUGAGGGAACUACGGCCAAGCCAACAACUCUGAAACCAACUGAGGGAACAUCGGCCAAGCCAACAACUCUGAAACCAACUGAGGGAACUACUGCCAAGCCGACAACUCUGAAACCAACUGAGGGAACAUCGGCCAAGCCAACAACUCUGAAACCAACUGAGGGAACAUCGGCCAAGCCAACAACUCUGAAACCAACUGAGGGAACUACUGCCAAGCCGACAACUCUGAAACCAACUGAGGGAACAUCGGCCAAGCCAACAACUCUGAAACCAACUGAGGGAACAUCGGCCAAGCCAACAACUCAGAAACCAACUGAGGGCACUACGGCCAAGCCGACAACUCUGAAACCAACUGAGGGAACUACGGCCAAGCCAACAACUCAGAAGCCAACUGAGGGAACUACGGCCAAGCCAACAACUCUGAAACCAACUGAGGGAACAUCGGCCAAGCCAACAACUCUGAAACCAACUGAGGGAACUACUGCCAAGCCGACAACUCUGAAACCAACUGAGGGAACAAGUGCCAAGCCGACAACUCAGAAACCAACGGAGGGAACGAGUGCCAAGCCAACAACUCUAAAACCAACUGAGGGAACUACGGACAAGCCAACAACUCAGAAGCCAACGGAGGGAACAAGUGCCAAGCCGACAACUCUGAAACCAACCGAGGGAACAUCGGCCAAGCCAACAACUCUGAAACCAACUGAGGGAACAUCGGCCAAGCCAACAACUCAGAAGCCAACGGAGGGAACAAGUGCCAAGCCGACAACUCUGAAACCAACUGAGGGAACAUCGCCCAAACCAACAACUCAGAAACCAACGGAGGGAACUACGGCCAAGCCGACAACUCUAAAACCAACUGAGGGAACUACUGCCAAGCCAACAACUCUGAAACCAACUGAGGGAACUACGGCCAAGCCAACAACUCUGAAACCAACUGAGGGAACAUCGGCCAAGCCAACAACUCUGAAACCAACUGAGGGAACAUCGGCCAAGCCAACAACUCAGAAACCAACUGAGGGAACUACGGCCCAGCCGACAACUCUGAAACCAACUGAGGGAACAAGUGCCAAGCCGACAACUCAGAAACCAACUGAGGGAACUACUGCCAAGCCAACAACUCUGAAACCAACUGAGGGAACUACGGCCAAGCCAACAACUCUGAAACCAACUGAGGGAACAUCGGCCAAGCCAACAACUCUGAAACCAACUGAGGGAACAUCGGCCAAGCCAACAACUCAGAAACCAACUGAGGGAACUACGGCCAGGCCAACAACUCAGAAACCAACGGAGGGAACGAGUGCCAAGCCAACAACUCUGAAACCAACUGAGGGAACAUCGGCCAAGCCAACAACUCAGAAACCAACUAAGGGAACAUCGGCCAAGCCAACAACUCAGAAACCAACUGAGGGAACUACGGCCAAGCCGACAACUCUAAAACCAACUGAGGGAACUACGGCCAAGCCAACAACUCAGAAGCCAACGGAGGGGACAAGUGCCAAGCCGACAACUCUGAAACCAACUGAGGGAACAUCGGCCAAACCAACAACUCAGAAACCAACUGAGGGAACAUCGGCCAAGCCAACAACUCUGAAGCCAACUGAGGGAACUACGGCCAAGCCGACAACUCUAAAACCAACUGAGGGAACUACUGCCAAGCCAACAACUCUGAAACCAACUGAGGGAACAUCGGCCAAGCCAACAACUCAGAAACCAACUGAGGGAACAUCGGCCAAGCCAACAACUCUGAAGCCAACUGAGGGAACGACGGCCAAGCCGACAACUCUAAAACCAACAGAGGGAACUACUGCCAAGCCAACAACUCUGAAACCAACUGAGGGAACUACGGCCAAGCCAACAACUCUGAAACCAACUGAGGAAACAUCGGCCAAGCCAACAACUCAGAAACCAACUGAGGGAACAUCGGCCAAGCCAACAACUCAGAAACCAACUGAGGGAACAUCGGCCAAGCCAACAACUCAGAAACCAACUGAGGGAACUACGGCCCAGCCGACAACUCUGAUACCAACUGAGGGAACUACUGCCAAGCCAACAACUCUGAAACCAACUGAGGGAACUACUGCCAAGCCGACAACUCUAAAACCAACUGAGGGAACUACUGCCAAGCCGACAACUCUAAAACCAACUGAGGGAACUACGGCCAAGCCAACAACUCUGAAACCAACUGAGGGAACAUCGGCCAAGCCAACAACUCUGAAACCAACUGAGGGAACAUCGGCCAAGCCAACAACUCAGAAACCAACUGAGGGAACUACGGCCCAGCCGACAACUCUGAUACCAACUGAGGGAACUACUGCCAAGCCGACAACUCUGAAACCAACUGAGGGAAUAUCGGCCAAGCCAACAACUCUGAAACCAACUGAGGGAACAUCGGCCAAGCCAACAACUCAGAAACCAACUGAGGGAACUACGGCCCAGCCGACAACUCUGAAACCAACUGAGGGAACAAGUGCCAAGCCGACAACUCAGAAACCAACUGAGGGAACUACUGCCAAGCCAACAACUCUGAAACCAACUGAGGGAACAUCGGCCAAGCCAACAACUCAGAAACCAACUGAGGGAACUACGGCCAGGCCAACAACUCAGAAACCAACGGAGGGAACAAGUGCCAAGCCGACAACUCAGAAACCAACUGAGGGAACAACUGCCAAGCCAACAACUCUGAAACCAACUGAGGGAACAUCGGCCAAGCCAACAACUCUGAAACCAACUGAGGGAACUACGGCCAAGCCAACAACUCAGAAACCAACUGAGGGAACUACGGCCAGGCCAACAACUCAGAAACCAACGGAGGGAACGAGUGCCAAGCCAACAACUCAGAAACCAACUGAGGGAACAUCGGCCAAGCCAACAACUCAGAAACCAACUGAGGGAACUACGGCCAGGCCAACAACUCAGAAACCAACGGAGGGAACGAGUGCCAAGCCAACAACUCUGAAACCAACUGAGGGAACAUCGGCCAAGCCAACAACUCAGAAACCAACUAAGGGAACAUCGGCCAAGCCAACAACUCAGAAACCAACGGAGGGAACAAGUGCCAAGCCGACAACUCUAAAACCAACUGAGGGAACUACUGCCAAGCCAACAACUCUGAAACCAACUGAGGGAACUACGGCCAAGCUAACAACUCUGAAACCAACUGAGGAAACGAGUGCCAAGCCAACAACUCUGAAACCAACUGAGGGAACAUCGGCCAAGCCAACAACUCUGAAACCAACUGAGGGAACAUCGGCCAAGCCAACAACUCAGAAACCAACUGAGGGAACUACGGCCCAGCCGACAACUCUGAAACCAACUGAGGGAACUACUGCCAAGCCGACAACUCUGAAACCAACUGAGGGAACAUCGGCCAAGCCAACAACUCUGAAACCAACUGAGGGAACAUCGGCCAAGCCAACAACUCAGAAACCAACUGAGGGAACGAGUGCCAAGCCAACAACUCUGAAACCAACUGAGGGAACAUCGGCCAAGCCAACAACUCAGAAACCAACUAAGGGAACAUCGGCCAAGCCAACAACUCAGAAACCAACUGAGGGAACUACGGCCAAGCCGACAACUCUAAAACCAACUGAGGGAACUACGGCCAAGCCAACAACUCAGAAGCCAACGGAGGGGACAAGUGCCAAGCCGACAACUCUGAAACCAACUGAGGGAACAUCGGCCAAACCAACAACUCAGAAACCAACUGAGGGAACAUCGGCCAAGCCAACAACUCUGAAGCCAACUGAGGGAACUACGGCCAAGCCGACAACUCUAAAACCAACUGAGGGAACUACUGCCAAGCCAACAACUCUGAAACCAACUGAGGGAACAUCGGCCAAGCCAACAACUCAGAAACCAACUGAGGGAACAUCGGCCAAGCCAACAACUCUGAAGCCAACUGAGGGAACGACGGCCAAGCCGACAACUCUAAAACCAACAGAGGGAACUACUGCCAAGCCAACAACUCUGAAACCAACUGAUGGAACUACGGCCAAGCCUACAACUCAGAAACCAACUGAUGGAACUACGGCCAAGCCGACAACUCUGAAACCAACUGAGGGAACUACGGCCAAGCCGACAACUUUGAAACCAACUGAGGGAACUACGGCCAAGCCGACAACUUUGAAACCAACUGAGGGAACUACUGCCAAGCCGACAACUCUGAAACCAACUGAGGGAACAUCGGCCAAGCCAACAACUCUGAAACCAACUGAGGGAACUACGGCCAAGCCGACAACUCUGAAACCAACUGAUGGAACUACGGCCAAGCCUACAACUCAGAAACCAACUGAUGGAACUACGGCCAAGCCUACAACUCAGAAACCAACGGAAGCAACGACUGCCAAGCCAACAACUCAGAAACCAACUGAUGGAACUACGGCCAAGCCGACAACUCUGAAACCAACGGAAGCAACGACUGCCAAGCCAACAACUCAGAAACCAACUGAGGGAACUACGGCCAAGCCUACAACUCUGAGGCCUACGGACGGAACAACGCCACAGCGGACUUCUCAGCGGACGACAACCUUUAAGCCAACAUCGGAGAAGACGACUACGGAAUCUCUCCCUCCGUUUAUUAUCUUUGAUGUGAUAACUGGAACACCAUUACCAAGCACGCUCAAUAUUUCGUAAAGCAUCAUCAAACAGAACUACAGUAGUGAUAAACCAAUUGAAUCCAUAAUUAAUGUAAAUUUUAAUUCUAGUAAACU